AUGUGAAGAUCAUUGAAACAACGAAGGAUUUUCGUAUUACAUAUGUCUUAUUAUCGUAAAACGUCCCAGAAAUCCAUCAGUUGCGUCAAUUACGUGGCGCGCCAAAUGCAUUACGUCCUGUCGGUCUUUAUCUCGAAUGAUUAACGACCUUUGGUAAAAAGAUAUUUCCGUAACCAAGGAAAAGGGGGUCAACGGUACGUAUUUUUAAACUGCGUUAUAUUUCUUCUUUCUCGCUUCUCCCCUACCACGGCACAAAUAUUUCAUGAACUGACUCGACUAAUUGGGGAAAAACGGGUGAAGAUGUCUGGUUCGUCGAACUUAUAAAUGUCUUCCUGUUUUCUUCUUAUUGAAACUAAUUUUAUUUUUCACAUACCGGUCAUCGAUAAGAUAAAGUCGAAGAUGUGUCUCCUAAGAUCAAAAAUCCCGCGUUUUCUUCGUUCGGCUUGGAUCGGCUUCGAUCGAAUAUAACGAAGCGCUGAUAGUUUCCGAAUUAGCUACAAGGUGGCGCAUAACUCGAAAUAACGGACACUUUAAAUUUACACGGUUUCUUUGUAAGAAGCGUUCCUUCAAUCAGUGCGCUUUUGAUCUGUAAUCGGAGAAGUGUGGCUUUGUGUGUCUCCAAUUUCGAUCGCGUCUAUGCGACCAUUUAGCGGAAGGUUUAUUUCGAAAAUUCAUUGUAAGAACUGCUUGAAUAUUGCCCAUUGGUUCCUAUGUACCAAGAGAGAUAUAAUAGUUCAUUGUUUGAAUUUUUCUCGGUAUUGUAUUCCUUCUACGAGCUAUUAUCUAUGUGCUAGACGCACAUUGAAAUAAUCCUUUUACUGUUAAUUUCCCUUUUGUCCUUGACAACAAAAUGGCAUUUUCCUUAUAACAAUGCGAUAAGAAAGAAUGAUACUUCUUAUAUAAAUGUCAGUUGUCAGUGCUUAUCAAUUGAAAAUGUAAAUAGCUGAGUGCUAACAAGAACACAGAAUAGACACGAUUUUUUGGUGUGUGACUUAUCAAAGAGUUUUGCUUCUUGGAUAUGAAGGGACAAGUACAAGCCGCACGGGAGAGGUUAGGUGGCUUCAGCAAUAACAGCUACUAUCCUAGUUCAGCAGACCAUGUUCCUGAUAUUCAACGUAUUGUCCCAAUUUCCAAUUAUGAACUACAAUUAGAUGAUUCCGCAGUUGUAACAGAGGUCGAUAAUAAAGUUAAAACAAAAUUGCUCUCUAUUUGGAAUAAUGUGAAAUAUGGAUGGACUGUGAAAAUAAAAACAAAUUUUUCAAAAGAAUCUCCAGUAUGGUUGCUCGGACAGAGAUAUCCCAAACAGUUGGAAGAUACUUUAGAAAAAGCGUCAGAAGCUCUCUCUGGAUUAGGAACUGGAAGCGAAGUGUCGUUAGCAAUAGAUGCUGCUAGUUACGAAGAAGGAAUUGAAGGAUUUAAGAGAGAUUUCGUCUCUCGCCUAUGGUUAACUUAUAGGAGAGAAUUUCCAAAUUUAAGAGGAUCCACUUUUACUACAGAUUGUGGCUGGGGUUGUAUGUUACGUAGCGGACAAAUGAUGAUGGCACAAGCAUUAGUUUAUCAUUUUCUAGGACGAGAUUGGAGGUGGUAUCCGGAUCAAACAAUUAAAACAGAUGAACAGAAUGAAGAAGAGAAAAAACAUCGUAUGAUUAUAAAAUGGUUUGGAGAUCAACCGGGACCUCAUUCUCCUCUUUCUAUUCAUAAAUUAGUGUCGCUUGGCGCACAAUCAGGGAAACAAAUAGGAGAUUGGUAUGGGCCUGGAUCAGUUGCACAUCUUUUAAGCCAAGCGGUAAAAUCUGCAGCUGAGAUUCACAAGGAAUUUAGUAAUUUGUGUGUGUAUGUUGCUCAAGAUUGUGCAGUCUAUCUGGAUGAUGUUAAAAAGUUAUGCGAAACUCCAAAUGAAAGCUGGAGAUCUCUUGUACUAUUAGUACCUUUAAGACUUGGUACUGAUAAGUUAAAUCCAACUUAUAUACCAUGUUUGACAAAGUUGUUGGAGUUAGAAUUUUGCAUUGGUAUCAUUGGUGGACGUCCGAGACAUUCUCUUUAUUUCAUUGGUUAUCAAGAAGAUAAAUUAAUACAUUUAGAUCCACAUUAUUGUCAAGAAAGCGUAGACAUGUCGAAAGAAAUGUUUUCCCUAUCGACAUUCCAUUGUACUUCGCCUAGAAAAAUGGUACUUUCCAAAAUGGAUCCUAGUUGUUGCAUCGGAUUUUACAUACACGAUAAAAGUUCCUUUGACGAAUUUGUAACUAAAGUCGAAAAUAUAUUGAUACCGCAAACCCAGAAAACGGAUUAUCCAAUGUUCUUAUUUUGCGAAGGAAGUGGGGAGGAAUUAAGAGAAAACAUAGAGGUCGGAGAAAAUCCACUGCCCUCGACAACGCUAUUUGUACGACCCGAUGCAUUCGAAGAUCAUUAUGAGUUCGAGGAAUUUGAACUCAUAUGUAUAGGAAAUAAAAGCAAAUAGAGAAA